GCAAAUGGAGUGCACGUCUUGCGGAGGGUAUCCGAAGGACUGAGAGUGCAACAUUCAGAGGCCCCGGACCCCUGCUCAGCUACAAACCAAUCAGAACUGGGACGUCUGUUGGCGGACCCACUAGCACGUGAUUUCCAAAAAGGCUGCCCACCAGCCUAAAAUUUCGUGGGGACAGUUUCGCCAGUCGACCUCGACGAACUUUUUGGCCUCUGAAGUUGACGGACGACCAACUCAAUCACCCAACCACCCACCAGCCAAUCUUCACCCACCAGUCAAUAUGCCUCCCAAGUUCGACCCCAAUGAGGUGAAGGUCAUCCACCUCCGCGCCGUCGGAGGUGAGGUCGGUGCCUCCUCCGCCCUUGCGCCCAAGAUCGGUCCCCUGGGUCUUUCUCCCAAGAAAGUUGGUGAAGAUAUCGCCAAGGCUACUGGUGACUGGAAGGGCCUCCGUGUCACGGUCAAGCUCACCAUCCAGAACCGUCAAGCCGCCGUCUCGGUCGUCCCCACCGCCUCCUCUCUCGUGAUCCGCGCCCUCAAGGAGCCCCCACGCGACCGCAAGAAGGAGAAGAACGUCAAGCACAGCAAGUCCAUUCCUCUUGACGAAAUCAUCGAGAUCGCCCGCACCAUGCGGUUCAAGUCCUUCUCCAAGUCCCUGGAGGGCACCGUCAAGGAGAUCCUGGGCACCGCCUUCUCCGUCGGCUGCCAGGUCGAGGGCAAGAGCCCCAAGGUCAUCCAGGAGCAGAUCGAGGCCGGCGAGAUUGACAUCCCCGAGGAGUAAAGAAAACAACACAAAAGCUUGACUUUUAAUGAGGCAUGGUGGUUUUGGGACCUUUCGGCUUGUCACGAGGAGUUCAGGGUUUGCUCUUUUCACACCAGCUUAGGCGCGCCCAUUCGGAAACAGAAUGGCAGUGAUACAACCGCACCAAACAACCAUGAACAAGCUCUUUGCCGAGAGAGAACCACAUCGCUCGGUGUUGUGAAAAAUGUCUUGUUGACCAUCAUCCAUACGCCUCUCUCGAGUCCCUCCCCAUCUCCCCUCCCCUCCCCUCCCGUCGUCCCCGGACGAACCAAUCGACCCUGGCCAACACUCUGAAAUUUCACCAUUGCUCUCCAUGGUAUUUUUCAAUUUUAGUGCGCAGGAAGAUCAAAGAGACCCAUUACUCACCGCGGCUCCGUUGGCUCGUUCUCGGGCGACGUGGAGCGCGAGGUCCUAUUUCGAGGUCGACAUUUAUACAUCCACAUGCUUUGCUUGCGCCCAUGCAGGGUAUGCUGCCGUAGUAUUGCCAAUUUCGCCUCCCCCCCUGCCUUUGGAAUCGGCACCCUACACGUACUGCGGUGACCAGCCCGGCCCAGGCCCCGUCCCCUUUUGUGGUACCCCAACGGCCAGCCAGCCAGCCAGCCCGGCUGCUGCUGAUGCGGCCAGGCUUAUUAGGGCAGGGCCAUUUAAUAUGUUACUUUUGUACGAAUCCGACGCAUGUAUGUAUGUAUGUGCAUGCCAGAUAGACGCGGGAAGGAAUUGCGCGGCGGCGCGGCGGCCGCCCGCCAGCCCAGGGACUGACCUGACCCCUUUAUGGCAUCACUAGAUGGAUCAUGUAUGUGCUGCUAGAGACAAAGAAAUAAAUACACUCACACACACGCGCGCGCACACACACACACACACACAUCACACAGAGGAUCGAUUUCCCCUUCAUCGAUGUUAGCAUAUCCCUCCUACCGCCGCCAUGUACGUGGAAGGCAAGGCGGUGGGCGGUGGGCGGUGGGCUUCACCUAGAACAGAGCACACCCCCCCCACCCAUGCAAUGCUUCUUCUUCCGUCCCAGGAUGUCGCCGCUGCCGCGCAUGAGCGAUCCCUCUGUCCCUCAACCACUGGUAUGGGUUAUACUUUGCCGGGGCGGGGCGGGCGUUUUCCUGGCUGGCCCAGCAUGACUAACUGACCCACGCCACGGGACCGAGGUGGGCAUGGAAAAAAAAAGAGAAAACGAUGGGUGGAUGACCGGCAUCAUUCGUAGAUCGGACGAGGGGAUCACCGAUGGCCGAGAAUCCCUCGUCCGAAGUUAACAAGAGCGAAAGGGAAAGGUAAUAAGGCAAAAAAAGAUAGUGUGUGAGAAAGAGAGAAAGAAUUAGGAUACUAUGUAUCAGACCGCCGGUCUGGGCUGGGCUCUAUUCCAUGUGCCGAUUGGGCGGUCUGGGGGGGGGGGCCCAGAAACCCAAAACCCAAAACCCAAUCCUACACUACGCCUUGCCUUGCCUUGCCUCGCCUUGCGUCGGCCGAUGCUGCUGCUGCUGCUGCUGCUGCUGCUGCU